UAGUCACAGAAGAGAUAUAAGCUUAAGAAGACCACAGACUCCCACAUUCCUGCAUCCACCUCCCUGUUCCUGCAGUGGAACAAACCUAGAAUGAACAAAACUUUGAAUUCUGAUAGGAUGCCUGUGGACAUUCCUCCAAACCAAAACCAAAGUACCCCAUUGGGAAAGAUAGAAACAUCUAGUACCCUGAAACAUCUACUAGACAAGCUGCAGAAAUUCCUGAAGGGGAAUCUAGAAGCACUGGGGGUGGCUCAGAUUAUGAUUGGUGUGAAAUGCUUCUUAUAUGGGAUAAUUGGAUUUCUUACUCCUGAUUUUGAAGUGUACAGAAUCAUUUUCUUCUCAAUUUACACAGGCUUCUCCUUCUGGGGGGCAUUGUCUUUUAUCAUUUCUGGAAUUCUGACUGUUGCGUCUGCCAAGAAGCAAACAACACCACUGCUGAAAGGGAAUCUAGGUGCUAACAUUCUCAGCACCUUGGUCUCGAUUAUUGGGAUCUGUAUUCUGUCAUACAAUUUAACAAAAAAUGGCUGCUAUGAUUGCAAGAAGGAAACUUUCUGUUUAGACAUCAAAUUAAUUGCAAAUGGACUUGUGAUUGUCCUAAUUUUCCUAACUUGUCUGCAAAUUUUAAUUUCAUUACCUCUCUCCAUGCUCAACUAUAAUGUGGAUGACAAGAAUAUUCACUGGAUUUCUUUAUUGUUUUGCUGGAAAACACCUUCUGAAGGUCUUUACCAAGAUUUAUUUCCUCAAACUUCAAUCUAUCAAGAACUUGAACGAAGGAGUCGCAUACACAACAAUCGUUCCUUCACUCUGCAUCUUUAUCCUUCUCAUUGGUUCAGAGAGAAAAGACACAAUGAGAGAAACAAGAACACAGACUCAGCAUCACAUGACAAACGUGACCCCUCCCUCAGGUCCUGAACACUCACCUGUGUGACAAAGCAGGCCACCUUGCACCCAAACACAGAAAGAGAGAUAGCGAUGCUGACUUCCAGCAGGGAGAGGACUAAUAUCGCAGUCUCAAAUACCCUCUAAAAAGAAGCAGAUGCCACCAGGAGAGAGAAGAGGAAAAAGGAAAGGAAUAUAAUUAAUAGAUGGAUACUUCCCCUGGCCCUGGAUUCUCUGAUGCCAAUCUGACUCGUUCUCCACUAUAGAAACAGGUAUGUUCUCUCUCAUAACAAAC